AUGCGACACGGCAUCGCUGCCGGCUCCGCGGCCGGCCCGCGCCUCCAGGAGAAACUCGAUCGGGGCCGACAGGUGCCGGUGGCUGUGGCCCCGCUGAUCCCUAUAAGGGGAAUCGAGGAGAUCCCAAAAAUAGUGCUGCGUGCCUGGGAUGCCAAGGCUGCACAAGGGGACUGUGGCCCCUGCACCACGGAGCCCCCCCAGCUGGCAACAGACCAGCAGGCGGAAGCCCGCGCCUUCCUCAGCGAGGAGAUGAUCGCGGAGUUCAAGGCCGCCUUCGACAUGUUUGAUGCGGAUGGCGGCGGGGACAUCAGCACCAAGGAGCUGGGGACGGUGAUGAGGAUGUUGGGGCAGAACCCCACCAAGGAGGAGCUGGACGCCAUCAUAGAGGAGGUGGACGAGGACGGCAGCGGCACCAUCGACUUCGAGGAGUUCCUGGUGAUGAUGGUGCGCCAGAUGAAGGAGGACGCCAAGGGCAAGUCUGAGGAGGAGUUGGCCAACUGCUUCCGCGUCUUCGACCGGAACGCGGAUGGGUUCAUCGACAUCGAGGAACUGGGUGAGAUCCUGAGGGCCACCGGAGAGCACGUCACUGACGAGGACAUAGAGGAUCUGAUGAAGGACUCAGACAAGAACAACGAUGGCCGCAUCGACUUCGAUGAGUUCCUGAAGAUGAUGGAGGGUGUGCAGUAA